UGUAGAAACAUUGCGUAACAUAAAAUGAUUAUUAACAAUGGCGGCAUUCAAAGAUAUCUCUAUUUUCAUAACUGGUUGUAACCGCGGCGUUGGUCUUGCUUUAGUUAAACAAAUAUUAUCAUUACCUGAUUCUCCUAAAGUAUUAUUUGCGACUUGCCGUUCUUUAAAGUCUGAUAAUUCGCGGGAGUUACGUGAGCUUGCUGAGAAGAACCCAAUCUUACAUCUUCUGGAGUUGGACGUCACCAACGCCUUGCAACUUGAAAAUGUCGUGAAAGAAGUUGAAGCAAAGCUAGCUGGUUCUGGCUUGAAUCUUCUUAUUAAUAACGCUGGUAUUUAUGACUUAAAAAAUUCUGAAUAUGGCAUUGUUUCGUGUACACUAGAUGAGGUUACCCGUGACCUGAUGAUGAAAGUCUAUGAGACAAACGCAGUUGCACCUCUCAUGAUUGUAAAAGCUUUCCUACCAUUAUUACGCCGAGCUGCCAAAGAUCCACCAUGUCAGCCGCAGGCAACAGUUGUUAAUAUUUCCUCUGAAGAUGGUUCAGUUGCACUAAAUAUGGGUGGCCAUUACCAAUACAAGUGUUCUAAAGCUGCAGUAAAUAUGUUGACAGUUUCUCUCAGUCUCGACUAUGCUAAAGAUGGAAUAACUGUAGUCUGUGUUGACCCUGGUUGGAUUAAAACUGACAUGGGAGGCAAAGCUGCCCCACUUACCCUACCUCAAGCAAUACCAUCAUUGGUGAGGUUGAUUGGAUCAUUAGAUCUGUCAAAAACAGGGUCAUUCUUGCAGCAUAAUGGCCAUACUAUACCUUGGUGACUUUGAACUUUUCUAAUUUCUUAACUAAUGACCAACCCCAAAGGUAAUAGGUAAUUAAUUAAAUUAAUUAAAUUGCAAUAUUUCACUAAAUCCGGUUUUCCAAUAGGCGGAAUUUUCCUUUGAAUUUUUUAAUUAGUUCCACCCGAGAAAUCACAAGGCAAAGAAAAAUUCCAUUCUGUGUGCAAAAUUCUGCCUAGUUGAAAACUGGCUUUUAUACACCCCAACAGCUUAAGUUUGGGAUUCCACAAAAAAAAUAAAUUUAAAGGCAAAUUUGCUAGGGCAUGUCAGAUACAUUACUUCCAUGGAUUGUUGCUCAUGCAUGUUUAAUGGUAUUGCAAGAAGAUGCAGUUACUCAAGAAACCAACCACACAUAUAGGGUUUAGACAGUUUAUAUUCUGAUAACAGAUUGGAUGCCAGCAUGGGGUAGUUAAUUAUUACAUAUAAUUACAGAUUAAUGCUAAAAUUAGCCCGCGUGCAGGCCCAAGGGAAA